GCAGCGUAGAAGAAGACAACGCGGAAGUUGUCACCCAGUCAGUUUCACAUGUACGGUAAGUUGCUCUCGCCGAUGGACUCUUUAAAACAAAACGAGGCCCCAAACAGUGGCUCACAUGGCACUAACCUCGACUCCCAAGGCGUGGAGGACAAACAGUUUUGUCCCGGUUACAAAGACGUCGACGACUUCGUUAAAUAUGGAUUGGGUUCAGUGCUGUUGGCCACCAAAGCAUCGAGCGGCUUGCCACAAACUGGGGAUGAGUUUGAUUUCUAUCGCAGCUUCCCCGGUUUCCAGGAGUUCUGUGAAGUACAAGGGGAUCAGCUCUUGCUCUGCAUGAGUCAAAUCAUGCAACAUCACAACUGCCGAUCUCGCAUGAGAGACCGUGAUAAACUCACCGGGCUUGAGGAGAGGUUUGACUUGGUCGUGGAUUCCAACGAUGUGAUCUUGGAGAAAGUGGGGAUUCUUCUAGAUGAGGCUGAUGGUUUGAACAGGAGCCAGCAGCCUGUCAUGCCUGCAGGGUUUCAACCUCCCAAGAUUGUUGUUUCCAGCUGGAACCGCAAGGGUUCGGGCUCUGUCAGACGCUCCGAGACAUUCAAACUGCUUCAAGCCAAGAAUAUCCAAAGACCUCAGUUGAAAUUCAAAGAAAAAGUUGACAACAGCAACACACCGUUUAUUCCCAAGAUUUUUAUCAAGCCCAAUGCGCUGAAACCACUUCCUUCAUAUUUUACCACCAAACAAAUCCGUCAAGAGCGACCGGAAGAUCUAGAUGUCCCGGCGGCGUUGGCCGACUUUAUUCACCAGCAGCGAAUACAAGAACAUGUAGAAGAUAUGUUUUUGCACCCUUACCAAUUUGAAUUGGAUCGCCUAACAGUACCAGAUAGCCUUCUGUCGAAGACAGAGCCUAAGAUGUACAAACCAAUAGAAGAGACAAGCUGCUCCUUUAUUGAAACACUGGAGGAUCUGGUUGCUCUGAAUGAGAAGCUAAACGAUUUGUCCGAGUUUGCAGUGGACCUGGAGCACCAUUCAUACAGGAGCUUCCUGGGAGUCACCUGUCUAAUGCAGAUCUCCACCAGAGAACAAGACUUCAUCAUUGACACCUUGGAGCUCCGCAGUGAGAUGUAUAUCCUGAACGAGGCUUUCACUAACCCCUCUGCAGUCAAAGUUUUUCAUGGAGCGGACUCGGACAUCGAGUGGCUCCAGAGAGACUUCGGCUUGUAUGUGGUCAACUUGUUUGACACGCACCAGGCCAGCCGUGUGUUAAACCUAGCCAGACAUUCACUUGAGCAUCUGCUCAGGCACUACUGCGGUGUGGAUUCAGACAAACGCUAUCAGCUUGCUGACUGGAGGAUCCGGCCUCUGCCAGAUGAGAUGGCACUCUAUGCCCGCAGCGACACUCACUAUCUCCUUUACAUCUACGACCUCAUGAAGGCGCAGCUCUUAGACUUCAACCACGGCCAGCCUGGUCUGCUACAGUGUGUCUGGAACAGGAGCAAAGAAAUUUCCCUGAAGAAAUAUGGAAAGCCAAUAUUCACAGAGGAAUCUUAUCUGGAGGUGCAGAGGAAGCAGAAAAGGUCUUUUAACACACAGCAGCUCACUGCCUUCAGACUCCUCUUUGCCUGGAGGGACAAGCUGGCUCGGCAGGAAGAUGAAAGCACUGGGUAUGUCCUGCCUACCCACAUGAUGAUUAAGAUAUCUGAGGAGCUGCCCAAAGAGCCUCAAGGCAUCAUUGCCUGCUGUAACCCCGUACCCCCCCUGGUGAGGCAGAAGGUCAAUGAGCUACAUUUGUUAGUGCAGGAGGCUAGAGAAAUGCCUCUCCUCAAGGCUGAAAUCGCAAUGCAAAAAACAAAAGGACUCAUGCCCAUAAAGAAGACAGAGGUUACAUUGUUUGGUCCUCAUGAUACAUCCAGGGUCCCUGAGCGCCCCGAACUUCACCUUUCUGCUGAUGAACUUCUUAUUAAACAAGGAGGUCUUUUCUCUGAGGAUGACCAGAAGUCCGACACUGAUGUUCAGCAACUAAGUGGACUUGUGGCAUGUGCCAAAAUUGCACUAUUUGAGGAGCCACAAACAAAAGAAAUCCAAAAGUCAGUUUCUGUGGCUCAAAUGAAAGCCAGACGAAUCAGCGAAUCUUUUGAAAACCCUUUCAGGAUGUACUUGCCUUCGAGUGGCGUGCAUAUCAACGAGAAUGCAAAGUUUGACCCUUCUACAAAGAUAUUUGAGAUAAGUAAAAGAUGGAAACUCCUGACGAUGGAACAGCAGCAGAGAGAGCUGGAGUCAAAGAAAGACAAGCAGGAAGCAAAACGAGCAAAGAAGGCAGCGGAGGAAAGACACAAGGUGAAAGAAAGCUACAAGGAGUCCUUACAGAACGUGGCCACCAUUCGCCAGCAAGCUGCCGAAUGUGGAAAAGCGGAUGGAAAGAAACAUAAAAGGGUGCCCAGUGAGGCUGGGGCAUCAACUCCCAAGAUGAGUAAGAAACAGAAAAUUGCUGGGAAGAAUCUUGAGACCGAAACUCCCCAAGAGAGUUUCAAGCCAUUUGACUACAGUCAGUCAGAUCUCAAAGUGUUUUCUGACACUAAAUCAAAGGACAAUUCACAGUUUGAUCCAAACAGGCAGUCUCAAGGCCCUAAGAAAAAGAAAAUGGCAGGCAGUAAAAAGAAUAAUUCUGUGGCUGGAAAUAAAAGUAUGUCAUACUUGGCCGGAAGCUCAAACAGAGGGCUUCGGCACAACUGGCCCAAAAGAUAAAUUUCUUUUCACAUCCCAGGCAUUUUACCUUUUUUUUUUUUUUUUUAAAUUUCAGUCAUCUGUGUUUUUUUUUUUUCCAUGUGAAAAAGUUUUCCCUCUAUAUAUGCAGAACCACAUUGCACUAUUAAAAAUAGUGUUGAAAAAUUGA